UGGUGUCCGGGGCCCUCAGACUGAACCUUGUGCUGCCAGCUCCAGGCAGAAAAGUCAGGAAACUUUCGGGAUGCGUGACGUCAUCACGCCCCUUUAACUCUUUCCUGCGCUUUGAACAGGAAGGGGGAGGAGAGCGAGCAGUCGAGCAGGACGUGGAGUGCAUUCUCCUUCUAUACGUCCAUGGUGUCACCAUCCCACAGGCAGCUGGUGGCAGGAUGGACUCUGAGCCCUAGUCUGGCUGUAAAGAGUUCUUCUUCUCCUUGAAGCCCCCGCCCAGAGAGCUUCCACUCCAAGAUCAGGAAGAAGAGGGAUCUAGUAGGCGCCUCUGCUGGUUGACGUACAACACCCUCUGAAGGACGCAGGCAGCUUGUGGAUAAACUCCUGAGAUCUGGAAGAAGCCCCCUAGGAGGGAAGAGAUCUGGAAUCCCCACAGUGAUCUGCUGGUUGAUCCUCUGGAUUACAAAAUACAAAAAAAAAAAAAAAAGAUUAAGAAGUGAGAUUACCAUUCAGCUGCAAUAGGAAAGAUUACAUCUCAAGAUGCCUAUCCUCAAGCAAUCAAGCUCUCACUCAAAAAAGCGAACCCGGAUUGACCGAGAGAUGAUCAGUGCCCCAUUGGGGGAUUUUAGACACACCAUGCAUGUUGGAAGAGGAGGUGAUGUAUUUGGGGAUACCUCCUUUCUCAGUAACCAUGGUCCAGCCUCAGCCCCACCAGUGGAAGUGCCAAAAAAAAAUGGUCUCAUGAAAAUGGCAGGUGACCAUGAAGAAAACAAAAUGGCAGAUUCAUUAAGCCAGCUUUCGCAAUCCUCCGGAAUUGGCUCUGGGGCAGGAAGUGUCUCGUCAAGCCCAGUCAAUAAUGUAUCAUCUAAAGAAGACAGUUUGUGGAAUAACAGCAACACAGGUGGGAAUUCUGAUCAGUUCGACUGGAUUUCACCCGGAGACUGUGGCCUGAAACAUGCAGAAUCCAUGUUAUCCUUUCAUCUGGACUUGGGCCCAUCUAUUUUGGAUGAUGUAUUAGGUGUGAUGAAUAGAGAUCCUCCAACUUCUGAGUGGAACAAUUCAGACGACCAGCGAGAUUUCGACUUUAAAUUUGCUCCUGUCCUAGCCACAGAUGGUAAUAAACACACACAAUCCUCCUCUAUUACAGAGCCACAGGGAAACCAUUAUAGCCUAUCCAACACACUGCCAAUGACAAACCCUGGUUUUGAAACUAUAUCUACCCCUCCAGACCAUGCAGAAGGAAACAUAUCCGUGUCUGAAGAAGACAGUGAAGAAGAAAAACGUUCAAUCUAUGAAGGUAUUGCAGAUAGUCCAGAUCAACAUGACAACAGCCUACACAUCAGUCACCGCUCAGAGCUAGAUGAUGAGGACGUUGAUGAAGAGGAAGGUCAAGACUACACAUUUGAUGAUGACCUUGAUGAUGAGAUUGGAGUAUAGGAAUGAAAAAUACAAUUAAAACUCUCUGGUAUCCCUCAGUUACACCAUUCUUCACCAUAAAUGGGGAUUCAUAGGUCAACAAAUAUAGAUGGUAUAAACCAUGAUGGACUUUCUUGUGAAAGAAAGCAAAAAAAAAAAAAAAAAGUCUGUUAGGUUAAAAUAUUUGAAAAGAAUGUACGAAGGCGAUGUUAUACUUUUGACCUGUUCCUAUACUUCUAAGAACCGAAGACUUGUAACUUGUACUUCAUGUGGACAUUAGUUGGACACUGCACGGGAAUGGUGGUUAUCAAAAAGGACUUUGUAAUUGUUUCAAUUAUGAUUGAUUAAGGGAAGUGAAACAGUCCAGUAUUCUAUGUCCUUUUUAUAUUAAAAGGUAAUUUAUAGCAUUUUACAUGGAUAUGUAUAGAAGACCUUAGAAGAAUGAGAAGAAUGCCUUUCUUCAUGAAAAACCUUCUUACAAGCAGAAGUAGAAAAAGCUUGGCUGUUUAGUUUAUGAUCUAAAUAUGAUGCAUUGGUGUCCCACCACAUCAACUAGUAUCAUUGUAGCAUACAUACUGAAGUGUAUUUUAACACUUCCUUUUCAUAUACCCUCCGCUUUACCUUUUUGACCAUAGAGAUACUACUUUUAAGGAAAGGUCUGAAAUAUAAUUGAUCUUGAGUAUGUACAGCGCUAAAAGACUUAAAGGGAAACUGUCAUAAACUUUAUGCUGAUCUCACUGAGGGCAGCAUAAAAUACUGACAGAAAUGCUGAUCUUAGCGGUGUGUCACUCAUGAGCUAAAAGUGGUUGCUGAGAACCAGCAUCA